AUGAUCAAGGAAGCUCCCUCGACCGAGAACCCCCUACAUAUGUCACGACUUCGAAAAGAGCUUUACUUUGUGGCCCUCAUCUACGGAGCCAGUGUUACUGGUGUUGUCGGCCCUGUCCUCGUGCCCGGAUUCAGCCUCGUCGCAGCCUCCCUCAACGUAGGGCUCACGCAAGUAACCUUGCUCAAUGGGGCAUUGAUCAUGGCGCUUGGUGUAAGCGCAUACAUUUGCGCGCCUCUGGCGGAGAUAUACGGUCGGCGCAUCGCUUAUCUUGUUACUAGCCUCAUGUUGGUGUUUAGCUGUGUCUGGGGUGGUUUCGCCAAGACUUACGGUUCGCUGCUGGCAUCCCGCACAUUUCAAGGGCUCGGGAUGGGGGGCUUCUUUUCCCUUGCGGGCACCGUCUCCAUCAACGACCUCUUUCCCGUCAAUGAGCGUGGCCGACGUGCUGGGAUUUGGAACUUUGCCGUCAUUGUCUCUGUCAAUGUCGCGCCCGUCAUUAGCAGCUACAUCAUUACUGCCCUUGGCUGGCAAUGGUCGUUCAAGAUUCUGGCAAUAGCGUUUGCUUUGGCGUUCAUCCUUGUUGUCUUCUUUGUGCCCGAGACAUUGCCCAACAAUAAUGUAGUUGAUGAUCACGAGAUGAGUCGUCCAGAUGCAUCAAGUAUAGCGCUCCGAAAGCUCGACACGGAGGUUGGGAUGGUGCAAGCCCACCCUACAGAUGGUCAAGAUGUCGAGUCGCCUCGCAAGGAUGGGGCCAACCAAAAGAUCCUGGAGAGAAACUUGCUGACACAGCAACCAUUUCUCCGACCACCAAAGUCUGCUUGCAAUGGCUUGGUGCAUCAACUUUUCAUUCUUGUGGCACCUCUCAGACUCUUGAGACAUCCAAUCAUCAUUUGGGCGUGCGCAAUGUGGUCCGUGACUUUCAGCUGGACCAUUAUACAAGGCGCAGUCGCAGAUCAAAUCUUUGAGGCCGAGCCCUACAACCUGUCUGCAACGUCUGUGGGAUUGUUGAUUGGCGUGCCCCCAUUGAUCGGGUCCGCCUUUGGUACCAUUCUUGGCGGGUAUCUCUGUGACCUGCUAGCUCGGAUGAUGGCUUUCCGCAAUGGUGGCAUCUAUGAACCAGAGUUUCGGCUUCCCGUGCUAAUUCCCGGCAUGAUUACCACCGCCAUCGGAUCCUAUGGUUUGGGAAUCGUCCUCGACCGUGGUUUGUCCGUGUGGGCAUCCGCUGUAUUACUGGGCUGUUUGAAUUUCGGUGUUGGUAUGAACUGCACCAGCAUCGUGGCGUAUACCAAUGAUGCAUGCGAAGAAAAGACCGCCGAGGCUUUUGGUGUGGCCAUGCUGGUCAAGAGUGUUUUUGCGUUUGGUCUUACCUUUAUACUCAACGACUACUACAUCGUCCAUGGUGCUUUGGCAUUCUUUGUGACUUGGGGUAGUCUGACUGCAGGUGUAACACUGUUGACCAUUCCUCUCUAUUUGUAUGGGAAGAGGCUGCGUGUGAAGAUGGCAUUGUAG